UUCAUGCAAAACGGUUUUUUAUAACGUUGGUUUUUGGCACAACUUUGAGAAUACUCUGAUCUGGGGAGAAAUAAUAAGAGGUGGUGUGAGAAAUGGAUGUGCGCGCGGAUCUGAGAGUCAUUCCAGCUUCAUCUCAGAGUCGGUUCCUGAAAUUUGUGCGGCUCUUCCUUUUCCUUCUCUCUGUGGCUGCUUUUGCUAGAGUAGCUACUAUUGAUGCACAGUCAGUGGAGGCUGCUUGCGAAAGCUAUGUCCUCCCGAUGUGCACGCGCGAGUAUGACCCCGUGUGCGGGUCCGAUGGGAAGACCUACCCAAACGAGUGCAUGCUCUGCUUUGACAACAUGGAACAUCAACUCAACACUUACAUAGUCAACAAAGGGAGCUGUUGAAACAGCUGUUUGUGUGAACUGGAAUUAUAAUGCAUGUCCUGAUUAUAAUCAGUGAAACGACUGUCUACUAUGGAAUUUUUCUUUUUUUUUUUUAAUUUAUUUUUUUAAAUAUAUAUAAACUGUUUUAGAUGUCAUUUUCCUUAUGUAUUUUGGGUUUUUAAUCCUAUAUUAAAGAAGUGAUUUCUGCCAGAUCAGGCACAUAAAAAUGUGUUGUCCUGUUAUAAUACUGAGCCGUUGACCUCCAUGCUCAUUAAGCAGCAGCUUCAUGUACAACUGUGCCUUUAGUGCACAAAUUUAAUAACAUUUUUGUGCAAGGGUAUAAAGAUCUCAUGCAAAAAGUUUAUUCCUACUAAUUUGGCAUAGUUUUUUAAAUUACCUUUUUAUAUCCAAACACUCAGUGUAAAUCUCACACAUUGUAUGUCAACAACUAAAGAAGAAUCUGCCUAAUCUCCACAGCUGUUCUACUCAACCAGUGGAGAACAAACACGUUUUGAUCUGGGGGAAAACGCACAUGAGCAAGAUGUGCAAGGUAUAAAAUGCAAUGAGGCAUACUGUAGAAAAUAAUGAGAUCCAUGAUCACCAUGAAGUUCAGUACUUUCAAAUAAAAAUGUUCAAAGCCACAAA